UCUAGUUUACACGUCUCUCUCUCACCUCUCAAGUAGAGUCAAGAGUCAACCUUCACCUUCAUAUCAAGAGUAAAGUGAAGGGAACAUAACUCACGUACGGUUCAACUAAUCCUUCCCUCACGGCUCACAGUAAGAUUUAUUCUUAAUUUUUCCCUGAAUCUAGGAAAUCAUGGCAGAUAAGACUGGAAAAUUUUCAGCCUCUUCUUCUUCUCAGCCUCAGUGUGUAUUACAAUCCAUAUCAACUCCUUUCCCACGUCCUUCACUAGCAGAGUAUGAAAAUAAUAUCUUACAUUAUAUCAAUUCGAAGGUAGAUGUAGACACAGUUAGACGCAAGAAACCAGUGCUUCUCUUGGAAUCAGCUGGUAAGGAAUCUUGUUGCGUCUUCAGAGUCCCUCAAAGCUUCGCAGAAAUGAAUCCUGAAGCCUAUAAGCCCAAAGUUGUUUCCAUUGGUCCUUACCAUUACGGAGAAAAGCACCUCGAGAUGAUUCAACAGCACAAGCUUCGAUUUCUCCACCUUUUCUUAGACAAGGCAAGAAAGAAUGGAGUAGAUAUAAAUGUCUUGUUUAAGGCUGUAAUUCAUUUGGAAGAAGAGAUAAGGAUAUCGUACUCUGAGCAUCUUUGUGAAACAUCAGAGGAGCUAGCGUAUAUGAUGAUUCUAGAUGGCUGCUUCAUUCUCAUUUUGUUACUUAUCGUGUCAAGACACAUUGAACUGGAUGAUAGUGAUGAUCCAAUCUUCACGAUCCCCUGGAUUCUCCCGUCUAUCGGGAGUGAUCUUCUCCUCUUGGAAAACCAGGUCCCUUACUUUGUUCUUCGAACUUUAUUUGUAGAAUCCGAGAUUGGUCUCUCUGGUGACAUAAACAGGAUGGCGUUUAGCUUCUUCAACCUCUCAAUGGAUAAACCAGAAAGGUAUUGGGUGAAGCACAGAAACCUCAAGGCAACCCAUCUUCUUGACCUCAUGCGUAUGAGCUUCAUACCUAACAUGGGAUCUAUGGAUGAAGAGGAAGAUUAUCAACUCAUUAAGGGUGAAUCUGGAAAGAAAUCAUCCUUAGACUGUACACUGAUUCUGUCGGCUACAAGACUUUCUCUCCAAGGGAUAGAUUUCAGGUUAAGGAGUGAUGCAGAUUCGAUGAUAGAUAUAAGACUAAAGAAGAACAAGCUUCAAAUACCACUGUUAAGAUUGGAUGCGUUCAUUAGCUCAGUCUUGCUCAACUGCGUGGCCUUUGAACAAUUUUACACCAAGAGUAGGAAUGACAUAACAAGCUAUGUAGUUUUCAUGGGAUGCCUUCUAAACGGCGAGAAAGAUGCCACAUUCUUGACCGACGACAACAGGAUCUUAGAGAAUUACUUUGGCAGCGAGAUUGAGGUAUCACAGUUCUUCAAAACUAUAUGUAAAGAUGUUGUGUUUGACAUAAAUAGAAGUUAUCUACGGAAUGUGUUUGCGGAAGUUAACAAGAUUAACACCUCAAUAUGGUACUCAGAGUAUCGAGGUUAUCUACGGUCACCAUGGAAGGUUAUGUCAUUUUCUUUUAGUUUUAUUUCUUCCGUGCUCCAGACCAUUGCUGCCAUUGUCUACUACCUUAACGACAGUAACAUUAACAGCCAAACCCAAUGAUGGAAACCCAGCUACUCUUUUGUGACGUCCAGAGGCAAACCAAACAUGCUCGAGCUUACAACGGAUAGUCAUUGUUACAUUUGUUUUCAGUUGUGUAUAUUCUAUUUGAUUUAUGUUGUGUUAUUACGACCUACAAUUUGGUUUUAUUGUGUAUAUUUUAUUUGAUUUAUGUUAAUGUUAUUGCUACCUACAAUUUGGUUUGAUUGUGUAAAGUAUCUAUCUAUAUUAACA